AUGUCCACUGUGUUUAUGGUGGCUGAAAAGCCCUCGUUGGCAGAGUCAAUAUCCAAAUCGCUUUCAAGGGGCCGUCAUGCCUCCCGUCGAGGGUUUAACGGAGCGUGUUCUGUACACGAAUGGACCGGGUCAUUCAUGGGAGGACAGGUUCGCUUCAAAAUGACAUCAGUUUGUGGACACGUCAUGACAACUGACUUUCUCAGCCGUUACAACAAUUGGGACCGUGUGGACCCUAUCGAAUUGUUCGUAGCCCCGAUUGAGAAGAAAGAGGCGAAUCCAAAUUUGAAGAUGGUUGAAUAUUUACGUAAAGAAGCCAAGAAUGCGGAUACUCUGAUUCUUUGGCUUGAUUGCGAUAAGGAGGGAGAAAAUAUCUGCUUCGAGGUGAUCGAUUGUGUUCACAGCGUCAUGAUCCCCCCGGUCACAACGAAAGAAAAGGUCAAACCUCGUCCUCAAGGUCUCAACACAGUAGAGAUGCUUCGUGUUGCCAGCGCCUGCCUGGGGAUCGGCCCACACGCGGCAAUGGCCGUGGCAGAGCGCCUCUACACCUCCGGUUAUAUAAACUAUCCUCGCACAGAAACCACGGCCUACCCAAGCACAUUCGAUCUUCGCGGUCUUGUACAACAGCAAGCCAAGCAUCCUCAAUGGGGUGAUGUGGCUCGGGAUCUGCUGGCCUCCGGGCUAACUCCUCCACGGAAAGGUCACGACGCAGGUGACCACCCCCCAAUCGCCCCGAUGCGUAUGGCCACACCCGGAGAACUUGGGCACGAUGCCGCCCGUUUGUACGAGUUUAUUGCCCAGCAUUUCCUUGCCACGGUAAUGCCUGACUGCCGAUACGAGUCGACGCAAGUCACGUUGUCAAUUGGCGAUGGUGAAUUGUUCACACUCACCGGCAUACGUGUGCUUGAGCCCGGGUUCACGCGCAUCUUGACUCGCCAGGCACUCAGCGAUCAAACCCUUCCCGACGAGCUUUUGGUGCGUGGAGCGAAGAUCCCAUUGACUGGUGAGCCAACUUUAGUGGAGGGCCAGACUGGUCCACCGGACUACUUGACCGAAGCAGAGUUGAUCACGGCAAUGGAACGUCACGGAAUCGGUACGGAUGCCUCCAUCCCGACGCAUAUUGAGAAUAUCAUUCAAAGGGCUUAUGUACAGCUUCUUCCGGGCCGCCGUCUUCAGCCGACACCGUUGGGCAUUGUUUUGGUGCACGGGUAUCAGGCCAUCGAUCCAGAACUGGUACUUCCUCACAUGCGCAGAGCUGUUGAAGAGCAGCUGAAUCAUAUUGCGAAUGGGCGUGCCCAGUUUGAACAGGUCCUUCAGUUCGUCGUGGCCAUAUUCGCGGCCAAAUACCGCUACUUCAUUGAACAUAUUCUCGCUAUGGAUCAACUCUUUGAGGUGUCGUUUUCAAGUCUUGCCGAAUCUGGAAGGCCUCUGUCCAGAUGUGGCAAGUGCCAUCGAUACUUGAAAAUGAUUGAUUCUCGCCCUCAACGGUUGCAUUGUCCGAUAUGCAAUGAGACGUACACUGUACCACAGAACGGUACAAUUCGACUUUACAAAGAAGUGAGGUGUCCUUUGGAUGAUUUCGAACUACUCUUAUGGUCCCAAGGUACCAAAGGAAAAAACAUCGUCUUCUGUCCGUACUGUUUCUCCCAUCCACCGUUCCCCAACAUGCCCAAAGGCUCCGGUUGUCAUUUGUGUCUUCAUCCAACUUGUCCCCAAUCCAUGGAGUCGCGAGCGGUCGAUGCGUGUCCAGAGUGUCCGAAUGGUUUACUUGUUUUGGACGACUCCACAGCUCCCAAAUACAGAUUCAACUGCAAUAGGCCAAACUUCCCAAAGCCGCUGGAGAUGAAGGCGAAUCGGAGACUCGGACCACGUUUUCAGAAUGUGCAUUCUGCUCCGACGUCCUGUGUCAUCUUUUCCAGCUUGUUCAGAGUCGUCCAGAAGCUCGCCAGUCAAACACUACUCGAGGCGGUUCGAACACCAGGGGAGGAGGUCGCCGUGGUCGGAGACCCGGUGGCCGAACGCGAGCCGGCCUUUCCUGAUAUCCACUCUCAUGAAUUAAAUCCUUUAUUUGUAGUAAAGCCGUCUUCUCCUUCAUCAACAAAGGGCUGUGCUCGGUUCAGUACCAGUUUAUCAGGCAUCAACGUUGUGCUUUCGGCCAUCACAGUAGCUGGUCACUGGCAAGAGAUCAGACCGGAGAUGUGCUUCACACCACCUCGGCGAGCGAGACGGCGGAUGGCCGGCUUGGUGAUCCCCUGGAUGUUAUCCCGGAGAACCUUGCGAUGGCGUUUCGCUCCUCCUUUCCUUACCGCUCUUACCACAUCCAGACAUGAUGAUGGGGUGUUACAGGCAAGACCGCAACGAGAUGGCCCAAGUGGUUAG